UAUAGUUAGCCCAACAGCCCAAGCAUCUUCUUCCCCCUCUCUCUCCGGCGAACUUCUCCGACGACGGCGAUGGCAACCUACGCCGCCCCCCUGCCUUGUGCCGUGCCGUUGCUCCCCGCUCCUAUCCCGCUACCACUGCCUGUACAUCUACUGCAUCCGGCGAACUUCUACUGCCACAACGCCAGCAAUUCGUGCCGCGUUCAUCCUGCCUCUUCUUCUUAUUAUUUUUAUCACGGGGAUCCCCUGAUGUUUAACUGGCUGGGCAAUCGGACCAAGACGAUCUCCUUUCUUCGAGGAUCCCUUAUCUUGGAGAUACAUCGUAUCCGUGGGAAGAUCUACCUUCGGCGGCUCUGCUGACGGAUCGUGCUUCCGGGGGUAACCUCAAAGAAAUCGCAUGCUCGAUACACCGUCCCCUUCAGCUUAAUUUGCCUUUUGUCAUUCGGUCACUGAUGCCUUUUCCCUUUUUGGAUGGUUUUUACUGGCUGAGGUAGAUGAUUGGUGACUGAUGAUGCCGUGAUAUGAGAGGAGCGCACGGAGGCGCAUGUUGACAAUAUUUUCUCCAAGUAACUAGGGGAAGUUAUCUGGUAAAGGGAAGAUACUUCCUCCGCCCAGAAAUCUAAGGCAAUUCACACUUCCUUUCCUUCUUGACAACUUGACUGCUUUUGAAAUGUGCUUUGUACCAUCUGUGCUUUUUAUAUGGUUAUGCGUGUAUGAAAGGCUUGAACCUUCAAAGUGGCAGGGACACAAAAACUUAAGCCCAGAGACAGGGUGAUGGAGGCCACUGUAUGUGCAACACAUGGGGCCAUGGGUUCUGUGCUACGGAAGCUGGGUGCUUUGCUCUCUGAUGAAUAUAAACUUCUCACCAGUGUGAAGGGUGAUAUCAUGUUCCUUAAAGCUGAGCUUGAGAGCAUUCAUGCUUUCCUGAAGAAGAUAUCCGAGUUUGAGGACCCUGAUGAGCUGUCCAAGUGCUGGAUUAAGGCAGUGCGGGAGCUGUCCUACGACAUCGAGGGUGGCAUUGACAGUUUCAUGCUGUCCCUGGGUGCCGAGUCCAGCCGCAAAUCCCGUGGCUGCAAGGGACUCCUGAGCAGGUGCAUGGAUUUAAUGACAAAUUCCAAGACACGCCAUCGGAUGGCCAAGAAAAUCAAAGUUCUCAAACAAAGAGCUAUUGAGGUUAGUAGUCGGCGUGUGAGGUACAAGGUUGAUGAUGUUUUCUCCAGGCCGAGUAGGACAAGCAUAGAUCCCCGCUUACCAGCAUUUUUCAUGGAGAUGACGAGGCUCAUUGGCAUCGAUGGCCCAAGGGAUAAACUCAUCAAGUUGCUAACAGAAGGGGAAUGUUCAACGGCGCAGCAGCUAAAGGUGGUGUCCAUUGUUGGAUUUGGAGGCCUUGGAAAGACUACUCUCGCUAAUCAAGUGUACCAGAAGCUCGAAGGGCAAUUUGAAUAUCAAGCUUUCGUGUCGGUGUCCCAAAAACCUGAUCUGAAGAAGAUUUUGAGAAAUAUACUCUCUCAGAUCUGCUGGCAAGAGUGCACCAGCAAUGAAGCAUGGGAUGAGCAGCAACUCAUCAACAAAAUAAGACAGUUCCUCAGGCAUAAAAGGUACUUCAUAGUAAUCGAUGAUAUAUGGGGCACACCAGUAUGGAGAACAAUCAAAUGUGCUUUUCCUGAAAAUAAUUCAUCCAGCAGAAUACUUACAACAACGCGUAUCAUCACCGUAGCCAAGUAUUGCAGCUCUCAGCACCAUGAUCGUGUGUAUGAAAUAAAGCCUCUUAGUGCAACUCACUCUAAGAGCUUAUUUUUCAAACGAGCGUUUGGCUCUGAAGGUGGAUGCCCUCUUCAACUGAGGGAAGUUUCAGAUGAAAUAUUAAAAAAAUGUGGUGGCGUGCCAUUGGCGAUCAUUACAGUAGCUAGCUUAUUGGCAAAUAAAGCUAGUACCAAAGAAGAAUGGCUGAGGAUACGGAAUUCUAUUGGUUCAGCACUUGAAAAGGAUUUAGACAUGGAAGAGAUGAAAAAAAUAUUGUUCCUUAGUUACAAUGAUCUCCCCUACCAUUUGAAGACAUGUUUGCUAUAUCUAAGUAUAUUCCCUGAAGAUUAUGAGAUCAAGAGGGAUCGGCUGGUAAGGAGAUGGAUUGCUGAAGGUUUCAUCAAUCCAGCAGGUGGACAGGAUCUGGAGGAAGUAGGAGAAGGCUAUUUCAUUGAGCUGAUCAACAGAAGCUUGAUUGAACCAGUUGAAAUCCAGUAUGAUGGUCGAGCUGAUGCUUGCCGUGUCCAUGAUAUGAUUCUUGACCUAAUAAUAUCCAAGUCAAUUGAAGAAAAUUUUGUGACAUUUUCUGGUGAUAAAAAACUCAACUCAUUGCCGUAUGAUAAGGUUCGUCGACUAUCCCUGAACUAUCAUGCUCAAGAACAUAUUAUGGUACCAUCAAACAUGAUUGUCUCUCAUGUUCGAUCCCUCACUAUCUUUGGAUGUGCUGAAGCUGAACAUAUGCUUUCUCUUUCAAAGUUUCAUUCCGUAAGAGUGCUGGAUCUAGAAAAUAGAGAGGUUUUGGAACACAAUUAUCUUAAACACAUAAGCAGGCUUUCUCAGCUGAAGUAUCUGCGACUCGAUGUAAGAAGAAUCACCGCACUUCCUGAACAAUUAGGAGAGUUGCAGAAUUUACAGACCUUAGACUUAAGAUGGACAUGGGUAAAAAAGUUGCCAGUGAAUAUUGUUCAACUACAGAAGCUGGCAUGUUUAUUGGUUAAUUGUACAGAGUUACCUGAAAGGAUUGGGAAUAUGCAAGCUCUUCGGGAACUAUCAGAGGUUGAGAUCAAUCAGAACACCUCUCCGUCUUCUUUGCAGGAGUUGGGCACACUGACCAAACUAAGGAUACUUGGUCUGAACCUGAAUUGGCACAUAAGUAAUACAAAUGGUGGCAUGAAAGCUUAUACAGAUAACUUGGUCAUGUCCCUCUGCAAACUAGGCAUGCUCAACCUUCGAACCAUACAAAUUCAAAGCUACAAUUUCUGUUCCCUUGAUUUCUUACUUGACUCUUGGUUUCCUCCUCCUCGUCUGCUACAGAGAUUUGAGAUCUCUACAGAAUACUAUUUCCCCAGAAUCCCAAAGUGGGUAGCCUCACUUGACCACCUCUCUUACCUAGGCAUCUACGUUGAUCCAGUGGAUGAGGAAACAUUCCGAAUCCUUGGGGACCUUCCAUCUCUAUUAUUUCUCUGGAUAUCUUAAAGAACAGCAAGGCCUAAAGAAAGGCUCAUAAUCAGCAGCAAUGGAUUCCGAUUCCUGAAGGAAUUCUACUUCACUUGCUGGGACAGCGGGACAGGGCUGGUAUUUGAAGCAGGAGCCAUGCCUGAACUUGAGAAGCUCCGGGUUCCAUUUAAUGCGCAUGAUGUGUUCCCUUUGAGUGGUGGUCUUGAUUUCGGCAUACAGAACCUCUAUUCGCUCAAGCAUCUCCACGUUGAGAUAGUUUGUUAUAGCGCGAAGGUUAGGGAGGUGGAGGCCUUGGAGGAUGCCGUCAAGAAUGCAGCUGGCUGUCUUUCAGAUGAGCUCACUCUUGAAAUGAGUAGAUGGGAUGAAGAGGAAAUUGUUAAGGAUGGGGAUCAUAAACUGGCAGAGGAGGUUGAUUCCGACAAUUGAGUGCAUAACACAUCACCGAGGGUUCACGAAGGGUAUUCAUUCUGAGACGCUGAAACUCGCUGCCCCGGUGCCAUGAUUAGCUGAGUACUCCAUGGGAGUGUGGACUGCUCUUACCAAUGUUUUAUAUUUUGGUCGUUGAAGAUUUUUCAUGUUGGGAAUGAUCGACUGUGGCAACUAAAUACUCGAAGACCCCAUUUGGAACUCUGGAAGUUGCUCCUACAUCUGCUGGAAAAUGGACCAAUUGAUGCGAAACAGAAAUGGCAUGUGAUUUCAGUUCUGUUCUUUUGGUAGGAAUGGGUUGGCGGAAACCCUUUCCGUCUUCCAGUUCCACCUCAUAUAUCUUAUGUAAUUUUUUGUUGAUUAACGCAUGCUAGAGUUUUUUUUUCCGAAACGGAGACAAAAGAUUUGCCUCAUCUAUUAAAUGAGAAGGAUAGAGUUUUGGAGUGUUACACAUGCUAGAGUUUGAAC